UAGUGGCAUCGAUAGCGGGUCUCUGGUGGACCCCGAUGUUAGUUGCUAAUCACCAGGAAGCGAUGUUUGUGGCAUCGAUAGCGGGUCUCCGCAAGAGGAUUCUCCGCGACUCGUGCCACUCGCGCGGAGGAGGCAGAAGGGGGCGAAUCCUUUCUCUUCCUAUUCGUCAUCCUCUUCUCCUAUUUCCCUUGUUUUACCCUCUGUCGGAUUAGAUUGCGGAGAGGAGAUGAGGUUGGUGGGACUGACGGGCGGGAUCGCGUCCGGGAAGAGCACGGUCUCCAAUCUCUUCAUAUCUGAAGGCGUUCCCGUCGUCGACGCCGACGUCGUUGCCCGGCUCGUACGGGACUCCAUGUGGCUUUGGAGUUGUCACUAAUUCUUAUCGAUCAUAGUCUGUCGAAAGGACGAAAAUGGAGCUGAACGUACAUGUGAAAGAUGUGGUGAAGAAGGGAACGGGUGGUUGGAAGAAAGUAGUAAAAGCAUUUGGGAACGAUAUUUUACUAGAGAAUGGAGAAAUUGAUAGAGCACGGCUAGGUCACAUUGUCUUUACAGAUCCAGCAAAACGCCAACUUCUGAACCGUUUAUUGGCUCCAUAUAUUUCCUCGGGCAUCUUUUGGGAGGUAUUCAAGCUGUGGAUAAAAGGGUCAAAGGUUAUCAUUCUAGACAUCCCAUUGUUGUUUGAGACCAAAAUGGAUCAACAAACAUCUCCUAUUAUUGUUGUAUGGGUUGAUCCUGAAACCCAGAUAAAACGCUUAAUGGCAAGAGAUGGCAUACCUGAAGAACAAGCCAAAAAUAAAAUCAACGCACAGAUGGCACUGGACCAGAAGAAGACCAAGGCAAAUAUAGUCAUUGAUAAUUCUGGCACAAUUGAAGAAACAAGACUACAAUUCCAGAAGGUUUUGAACCAAAUCAGUCGACCUCUAACAUGGAAAGAAUAUGCUCUAUCCAGAGACGGCAUCUUUUUGCUUCUUACAUCUGCGGUGGUAGGUGUUUUGGCAGUACGCAAAAAUUUACCUUGAUGAUAGAUUUAACUGACAUCUUUGUCAACUUGCUGAAUGGUUUGCCACCAGUAUUUAUUUGGUUUAAUAUCACAUUGUAUUGUAUCGUGAUGUCAUUGUCAACAAAGUUUAGGCGAUGGGGAAUGUGCACACAGGCAACCUGUUAUCCUGCUCAAUGCAAUUAUCACUACAUUUUGUGUUUUUUUCUCACCAUUACUGAUCCCUGUUUGUGUAUUUGACCUCAAAAUGGUCAAAAAUAUAAUUUCUUUGGUGAGUCAAAUUUAUUAUUCUCUUGAUUAUCUCAUA